GAGUGUACAUCUCCUAAACUUUAUAUAAAAUGCCUAGUAAUGAAUUCUCAAGACGCUGAAGAAGCUGAAGCCAUCCGUGUUAACCAAGCGCGCAUGAUCUUGAAUCUGCAAGAAAAUAUCCGUGCUGGCCUAAAGUUCGAAGGCGCCAAAUUUGUAAAACCAAAAAAAACAGCCAAAUCUGCACAAUCUCAAUCAGCUUCGUUAAUUCCAGUCAGGAACAAGUUCGAAAGUAUCUCUGUGCCGGAAGAAUCUAAACCAAAUGAACAACCUACCAAAGAAAAAGAUACCAACAAUCAAUUAACAACAACAAAAUUCAGAGUUCCUCCAAUUUUUCUGGCUGAUGGAAACAUUAAGGAACUAACCAGUAAAAUAGCUGAGCUUGGUUUAGAAGAUUAUGAUGCAAAAGUAUUCGGCAAGAGAAUAAGAAUUCGUUUAUCUACCCCUGAUGACUAUCGAGCACUAACAAGAUUCUUCGAUUCCAAUAAUUGGCAAUAUCAUACAUUUCAAAACCAAGUUAACCAUCUGUCAGUGGUCAUCAAAGAUAUACCUACCAGUUUGUCAAUAGAAGAUAUCGAAAAUGAAUUGAUUGAUAAAGCCAUACCUGUUAUUCGUUUGCACCGUCUCUUCAACAGAAGUAAAGAACCUCUGCCAAUUUGUGCUCUUACAACCAAAGACGAUGACGAUGGAAAACAAAUCUUUUCUUUAAAAAGCAUUUAUCAUGUACUGAUUCGAGUUGAACCACGAAAGAAGCCUGAUAUUGUGCAAUGCAAGAAUUGCCAAGAACUUGGCCAUUCUAGAAAUUAUUGCCGAAGACCUCCUAAAUGUGUGAAAUGCGCAGAAAACCACCUAACUUCCAACUGUCCUCAUGGAAGACUGCCUCAACCAAAAUGUGCAAACUGCAAUGGUCCACACACAGCAAACUUUCGCGGAUGCCCGAUGUUUAUUAAAAAACAACCAUCAAGUUCUGCUCCUCAAGCUCCUGAAAAUGUUAACAUAUCCAGAUCCGUGCGCAAAACUCCAACUAUCGCAACACCGGCAGUAAGCUAUGCAAAGAUUACAAAACCUCCUGAUGUGAAUUCUGAUCAGUUAUUACAUAUGGAUAUAUCUGGGAUUAUGCAGCUCCUCAACUCCCAUAUUGAAAUGGUUAACAACUUGACUGAAGCUCUUCGAUUAACACUACCACUCUUACAAGCUGUGGGUAUGGGUGUUGCCCACAAAAGAGCUUCACUUAGAGAAAUGAAGUCGACGUUUCUUAGCAAAGGAAAUAGCGUAGCGUCAUCCAUUCCAACACCAGCGCAGCGUUUAAUGGUGAAAUCAACGUCUAUGAUACGGCAAUCGAGUUUUAGUAAAUUAAUCAACACGGCUGUAAAUAAAAAAACUGCUAAUGGAAACGGUGAUAUUCAAUGGUGCUUUUCUCAAGUCAAAGGAUCUUUAGAAGAUGACGCCACUGAAGCUGAUAUUAUAUCGUGUGUUGAAUUUAAUCACGAUGGUGAUAUGUUCGCUACUGGUGAUAAAGGCGGCCGUGUUGUGAUUUUUCAACGAGAUCCUAGCAGUAAAGACAGUGUACCCAAAAGGGUAGAAUAUAAUGUUUAUAGUACGUUUCAAAGUCACGAACCAGAAUUCGAUUAUCUUAAAAGCCUAGAAAUAGAAGAAAAAAUUAAUAAAAUAAGAUGGUUAAAGCGUAAGAAUCCUGCCCAUUUUUUACUAUCGACUAAUGAUAAAACUAUUAAAUUAUGGAGAGUAUCUGAACGUGACAAAAAAGUCGAAGGUUAUAAUCUUAGAGAAGAAGAUGGUAAUAUAAAAGAUCCUAGUUCUGUAAUGCAGUUAAGAAUACCUGUGAUAAAGCCUAUGGAAUUGAUGGUGGAAGCCUCGCCCCGUAGAAUAUUUGCUAAUGCUCAUACGUAUCAUAUUAAUUCAAUAAGCGUGAAUAGCGAUCAAGAAACCUAUCUUUCAGCUGACGAUCUUAGAAUUAAUCUGUGGCAUUUAGAAAUUACCGAUCAAAGUUUUAAUAUUGUCGAUAUUAAACCAGCAAAUAUGGAAGAAUUGACCGAAGUCAUUACUGCGGCUGAAUUUCAUCCUAAUGAAUGUAAUUUAUUAGUUUAUAGUAGCAGUAAAGGAUCGAUAAGGCUGUGCGACAUGAGAGCGGCGGCUCUGUGUGAUAGACAUUCAAAACUAUUCGAAGAACCGGAGGAUCCGACGAACAGAAGUUUCUUCUCAGAAAUAAUCUCGAGCGUAUCGGACGUGAAAAUUUCCAAUUCCGGACGCUACAUGAUAUCGCGAGAUUACCUCUCGGUGAAGGUAUGGGACCUCCAUAUGGAAACCAGACCCAUAGAAGUAUACCCGGCGCACGAGUACCUACGUUCAAAGUUGUGUUCAUUAUACGAAAACGAUUGUAUAUUCGAUAAAUUCGAAUGCUGUUGGUCUGGCAACGAUCAAGCCAUAAUGACCGGCUCGUACAAUAACUUUUUCCGCAUAUUCGAUAGAAAUAGCAAACGCGACGUAACGUUGGAGGCGACGAAAGAAAUAGCCAAACCGAAAACUAUAUUAAAACCUAGAAAAGUAUGUACAGGAUCGAAGAGAAGAAAAGACGAAAUCAGCGUCGAUUGUUUGGAUUUCAAUAAGAAAAUUUUGCACACCGCAUGGCAUCCUCAAGAGAAUAUAAUAGCCGUCGCAGCGACCAAUAAUUUAUAUCUAUUUCAAGACAAAUUUUAGCCAUUAUUUUAUUCAUACUUCGUAUCUUUCGAGGUAUGUUUUUGAAAAUAGUCUACAGAACGAUACACUACCGAGUACAACACAAAUAGAGAAUGAUUGUGAAAAAUCAACGUUCCAUUACGGCGUGUUCUAGUCACCGGUCGAUUCGAUAGAAAAAUUUUACGAACAGAUGCGUAUUCGACGUGUUCUCGUUUCCUCCCCUCCUCCUGUGUAACUAGUUGUUGUUAAUGGUGAUGAUAAUUGUGGUAUCUCAGUAUCUCGAAGAGAAGCUUUUAAUAAUAUUCUCGAACAGCAGUAUUUUUCUCUGUCACGAGCAUCUCGAUAUUUUGUAAUCCGAUCAAGACGCACGUAAAGUGGAUAAAGAGGGUUUCUUUUUUUUUUUUUAGAAAAAUCGAACAAAAUUCAAAAAAAAAGAAAAAAACUUUUUUAAUAGAAUUUAAAAAAAAUCGAAACGAAUAUUGUAAAUUAUAACUAUUUAUUUAUUUAUUUAUUGCUUAAUGUAAUUUUUUUAGUAUUUGUUUCUGUGAAAUGUUGUAACUAAAGCAGGUUUUUUGUUGAAAAAAACGCGUCUUCCGUUACCAGUAUUCGCAUUGCGUGCCAUCGGUGCCAUUUUAACGUAUGUUUUGCGAUAUACUUUCUGUUUUCUCUAUAUAUUUUUUUUAUCUGUCCAGUUUUUAUCUUAUUACGGCUUUCCUCCUAAACUUCUGUAACUCUCGAUUUUGAAUUUGAAAAAAAAAUCGUUCACUUCGAUUUGAGAGAUUUUAAAAUUCUUGACUGAAGCGGUUUUUUAUGUGAUAUUUGUACUUUGAACCAGCCUGUAAUUUUUUUUCCUCCGCGUUUUAUUUAUACGCGAAAUCUUAUACUCGCUUAAAACUCUUCUAUGGAACUUUGAAAUUACCUCAAAUUACGGAUUUCUAUGUAACGUAUUGGUUUUUUUUUAUUUACAUUUUUGGCGAUUCGCAUCUCGUCGAAAGUAAAUUUUUACCAACGAAAUUAGCUAGAAAAAAUAUGAUGAAAAUAAAUGUGAUAUUUCAUUUCGCAUAUUGCUUAAUAUAUCAUGUCGGUAAUUUUUGAUGACGUGGCAAAGAGUAAUGUCUGUUUGUGCGUUUUUCUCUCAUUUUUUGAAACAUUUUAUGGAAAUUUACUUAAUGUUGUAUUAGAUUUUCGAGCUAGAAUACGUACCUAUUUAUUUAAUAAUUUAGAAGAAAAAAAUAUGAUAAAUAUGUAUCGCUUUUGUAGGAAAAUUGAAUUUACGGGCUUCCUCGCGCAAUUACGUUUAAUGUUUCUGGAUUUAUUAUAUGUAUGAGGAAAGGGAAAGGUAAAGAGGGUGAGUUGUAUGACUCGUUUGAAUGGCUAAAAAAAAUUGAAGCCUUUCGAACGAGUGAAUUGAAGUGCCUUAAGAUUUGUAUGUAGGUAGUAUAUUGCCUUUUUUUAGCUGCUUCGCCGUGUGGUUUUUUUUGAAAAAAAUGAAAUUUGAAAUUUUUUAAAUAGCUUUUAAAAAAAAGUUCGAUUCUGUAAGCGACAUGUUUGAUUACACAUGACAACGAUUUGACCUCCUCUUUUAUAGCGAGUAACAUCGAUUGGUAGGACUAGAAUUCUAUUUAGAUAUUGAAACGUUGUAAAUAGUGCUAUUUUAUCGAACAAAAUGUUACCAGUAAUAAUUGACGAACAUUUACGGCUAAAAAAUGUGUUAGCUGUAUGAUUCGAAAUUUUACCCUCUGUUCCUAAACAUUGAUGCGAAAGAAGUAUAGAAAUUUAAAUAAUGGUGGUUAUUCAAUGAGGAUGAUGAUGAUGAUGAUGGAUUAAUAAUAAUGAAGCAAUUUCUAUGAAAUUUUCUUAGCGUACGUGCGCGUUUUAUUAUUUUACGAUGAUGCAUAAUGUUGUAAAAUACCUUUUGUACGAUUUUUAUUUCGCUGUAAAUUGUGCACAACAACGGUAUUUACCAUUUGAAAUUACCAUAUUGUAACUAAAGUCUUCGGUUUUACUAUUUUUUUCUUUUUUUGGUCGCGUACUAAAAAUUUUAAUUUAUAUUGGUGCGUUUGUGAUUUUUCAAUAUUUAACUGCGCCUAGUAAUUUGUGAAAGUGAAAUGACGGAGCAUUUAUUUUAUUAAGAUCAGCGAUAUAUCCAGUAUUUGCAAUUUUUUCUACAUUGACCCUCCCCCAACGGCGUUAUUUUAUAUUUUUGUUUUUUGUGUUUUUGAAAAAAUGAAUAAAAUCAUCGAUAUACGCGCACUCGAAUAAAACUUCAUUGUAUAUAAUUCGAUUUUAAGGUAAUAGUUAAUAUUUUUGAAGUGAUAAGAUUUUUGUAAUAUUUUCAAAUCAAAAUUGUGUUUUAAAAAGCCUAUUUAUUUAUGUACUCUAAUUAAUAUUUAAUAAAGAUCCAAUUGUUUAAAA